UUCACAGUGAACUACACCUUGUUCUCCUGCAAUUAUAUGUAAUAGCCAACAGAUUCAUGUCAUUAUCAGUUUAACUUGUGUGUCCCAUUUAUAUGACCCAGUCCAGAAUGUACACGCAGGCAUUGUUAAUGUUAUGGAGUCGUUGUGUAGCUGUGAACAGAGAGGUCUCCACAGGACCCUGAAACCUCAACCGUCAUUAUUUCUUUUCUUUUCUUUUCUUUUUUUUUUUAUACCAGGAACAUGAUGUUACUGAUGUUACUGCUGUCUUCUGUGGCCCGUUUGUCUCCUUUACAUUACAUUAUAAUGUCUGCAGGCAGCAAAGAAAAGUAAAUGCUGUUUUAUGUGCACUUUAAAUGCAUUUGAAAGUCUAAUUUAGUGACUUGAUUAGUUCCCCUUCAGUGGUUAUGAAGCAGGUUGACGCAACACAUGGUUAAACUGAACUUACUGUGGGAAAUUUUGAGAAACAUCUGAAAAAAAUAGUCCAUCCACUCAUCCUCACAUUUCCCAGCUGGGCUCGUUUGACUCGUGUGUGCGUGACUUAAAAAAACAACAUCAAGAAAUGACUGUAACCAGUGCAGCCUUACUGUGGAGCAGCCUACACCGAAGCUGCAUCAUUAUGUAACCUCACUGUGAACAAGGUACGAUCAUUUUAGUGAUUUGCAGCGGGAGAAGCCGCAAAACAGCAAUUUCUCGAGCUUUUCGCUGCAGGAAGUGGAGUCGUGUGAGGAAGUGGAGACAGAUAACCAUGUCCAGUCCAGUCAGACCCGCGCAGACGCCGGGAUCCGUCUUGUGGAGAUGCGGAGAAUAAUUUGCCACAGAUUCCUCUGCAUAGUGGAGGCACUAUCACAGACCACGUGAGAGGAAUAUUCAAUGACGGUCCCCGACAGACCGGUUCAUCUCUGCUGGCACUCCUCUGCUGGCUGACAUGGACUCCUGGACGCUAUACACUCUUAGCUUUUCAGAAACGGGCGAAGAGGGAGGGCGACACUCUGUCUGAAUGUAACCUCUGAUCGCUUUUCUCUUCUUUUUCAGUUCUUUUUGUUUCUUUUUCGCCCCUUUCUUCUUCUUUUCUCCUCUCCGGCAGUUAGAGGGAGUAUGGCUUGGCCGUGCAUCAGCAGAGUCUGCUGCCUGGCUCGUUUCUGGAAUCAGUUCGACAAAUCGGACCUCUCCGUCCCUCUCACCAUCCAGAACUACUCGGACAUCGCCGAGCAGGAGGUGCGGUCCGUCACCAAGCAGGUCUCCGUUUCGGAGCGCGCACCCGGCAAUAACUACACACCAACUCCGGACACGCGUGCCAAAGGCUCCCCUCAUGCGCCCGCGGAUGGCACUGGGACCCGAGGAUCUUUCAGGUCACGGAAGGAGCCCAGCUACAAGCCCCGGGAAGACUACCACCCGCCGGGAGUACCUUUCCCCAGCGUCACCCAGUACAAGCAGGAUUUCAAACCAUGGCCCAUCCCCAGGAAGGAGAAUUUCCCGUGGAUUAGUAACGAGGGGAGCAGGGCAGACUGUAUGUCGGACAGCCCGGUGAAUACUUACCACGUCCAGGGUCAGCCUGGGGAGAGCCGGGGGGAGAGAGAGGAGAGGGGCAAGGGGCAGAGAUGGGGGGAGCAGCAGGUGAUGGAGGAGAGCAAAACCAGCUCCUACAGGCAAGAGUACAGGCCUUGGACGGGGGUGCGACCGGCCAAAAGUGCGAGGAAAACCCCCCCAGCUCAGUACUCCAGCCCUGGGACAGAAGCCACUCACGUCCCACGUGAAACCAGCUACCAGGCUGCCUACAGGGGGGAGGUCGGCAGGUCCACGGGUCUGCAUCAAGGAGAGCACGUGAUCCCAUCCGCUGCCUCCAACAUCCAACCUGCCGCCGUCCCCCAGCCUGCCCCCACUGCCCUUCAAGCCUACAGAUCACAGAGUCCAUCCAGCCUCCAGCAGAGCAUCCUGCCUGAGAGGACCGAGCUCAGUGGAACAAUCAAAGGAGAGGAACAUCUGGUGAGGACCAAACUCCCUCCAAACCCUUCUGCUGUCUUUCAAAGCGGAUCUUCGAGGGUCUUCAACAUCUGACGGCUGCUGCCAUUCUGCUUUGAGUCGACACGGGGAAUGUUCUCACUUCAUUCCACAACACAAGAAUCUAUGCAAGGGAAUGUAUUGUUUGGAAGGAUAGGGAGCCAGACUCAGCAUCCCAAAUGGAGAUAGUUAGACAGCUCUUUCCUCCCCCUGUUGCAAUGGAAAUGAACAUGCAUGUAAUGAAGUAGAUUUUUUUGGUUGUUGUUUUUGCAUAAACGCACAAGAAACUGGCUGCUCUGUGUGUUGGUGUGUGAAUUUGUGCGUUGGUGUGUGUGCCUGCUAUUUUGUCCUUUCACUGAACAUAAAAAAAAACAAACAAACAAAAAAAAAAAAACAGAGUGUGCACCAGUGAUGAAGGACCUUUACCUGCGUAGACUACUGUGUUGCCCUUUGGUGUUGCUAGAAAUCUGCUUGAAAAUAAGUUAUUUCCUCAGCAUCCAUUUAGUUUGUCAUUUUGGAAAAAGUAUUAGUUGGUCUCAAUUUUUUUGUAAAUCUGUUGUUAAAGAAAAAGAGCAAAUGAGUAAUGUAAGAUAAAUGACAAUAAAAGAUAAUUAGCUAGGUUGUUACUUUCA